AUGUCUUUAUUACACAACUAUAAUUUAAAUUCACCAUUAAAUUCAAAUCCUUUUGAUAUGGAUUUUAAUCAACAAUCAAAUCAUAAUAAAAUGGAAUCAAAAAUCAUAUAUAAAUUUAUUAUAAAUCAUAGUUUUAAUUUAAUUAUAUCAAAAUAUGGUUCAAAAUUCCAUAAUUUAAAUAUUGAAAACUUGAAUCAAUUCAUAACUAUACUUUUCCAAAGAUUAAACCUUACAUUAUAUGAUUUACAAAAAUUAAUUAUAAUAUUGAUUAAAUAUUUAUCAAUAAUCAUUGCACCAUUAAAAAUAUCAAUAAAACAAUUAAUCUUGGGUGUUUUGAUCAAAAUACAUGGUAAGGGGAAAUAUAAUUGGUGUGUUAUAAGUGGAUUAUCAAUGGAAUCUAUUGAUAAUUUAAUUGGGAUGAUUGAAAUUAAUGAUGAAUUUGUUAAAGUGGAUCAUGAAGAAGUGCUUGAAUUGAAUGGAUAUAUGAAGAAUUUAAUUUAUUCGAAAUUUGAGGUGGUUUAA